UCCUCCUGCGCAUCGGCAGGUCCUGGAAAGCGCGUACGAAGAGCAGCUGGCAGGACGCGGCUUUGGGGAGGCUGGGCGCGCCUGCCGGACUUAUGAAGAAGCGAGUGAGGUUAAAACUCGCCUUUUCGCCGGCCGACUUUUUCUAGAAAUGCCGCGUUCGUAGCCGGGGCUGGAGCGACGCUGAUUGAUACGUUUUGAAAGAUGAAGAGGGUUUCUCGAAAGCUGACUUUGGCGCUGGCUACGUUGUUCUGGGUUGCUGCACUUCUGUAUUUGAUACUGUUAAGUAGGAGGAAAGUAUCUGAUCUGGAGACGGAAGACGAGCAGGAUAGAAAGCUCACGGAAGCAGAAUGGGACGACCUCCUGGAGCAGUUCGAGGAGAAGAGCUACCUCAGCGUGCGCCGAUGGAAGCCAGGUCACGACCCCUACAAGCUGUACGCCUUCAACCAGCGUGAAAGCGAGCGCAUCCCCAGCAAUCGCGGCCUGAGAGACACCCGCCAUUACAGGUGCACGUCCUUCCAUUAUGGCCCAGACCUGCCACCCACGUCCAUCGUGAUCACCUUCCACAAUGAGGCCCGAGCCGCACUCCUGCGCACCAUCCGGAGCGUGCUGAACCGCACCCCCGUGCACCUGAUCCACGAGAUCAUCCUGGUGGACGAUUUCAGCGAGGACCCCAAUGACUGCCUUCUCCUCACCAAGCUGCCCAUGGUCAAGUGUCUUCGGAACAACCAGCGAGAAGGACUGAUCCGCUCCCGGGUUCGGGGGGCCGACGCUGCCCGGGCAGGGGUCCUCACCUUUCUGGACAGUCACUGUGAGGUCAACAAAGACUGGCUACCCCCACUUCUUCAGAGAAUAAAGGAGGACCCAACCCGCGUGGUGAGCCCUGUCAUCGACAUCAUCAACAUGGACACCUUCGCCUACGUGGCCGCCUCCGCGGAUCUGCGUGGAGGAUUUGACUGGAGCCUCCAUUUCAAGUGGGAGCAGCUGUCGCCCGAACAGAGAGCCAGGAGGGUCGACCCCACCGAGCCCAUUAAGACCCCCAUCAUAGCAGGCGGGCUCUUCGUGAUUGACAGGUCCUGGUUUAAUCACCUGGGGAAGUACGACACCGCCAUGGACAUCUGGGGCGGGGAGAACUUCGAGAUCUCCUUCCGGGUCUGGAUGUGUGGCGGGAGCCUUGAGAUCGUCCCCUGCAGCCGAGUGGGCCACGUCUUCCGUAAGAAGCACCCAUAUGUCUUCCCAGAUGGCAACGCCAACACCUACAUCAAGAACACUCGGAGAACGGCAGAAGUCUGGAUGGACGACUUCAAGGUCUUCUACUAUUCCGCUCGGCCCGCGGCCCGUGGAAAGCCCUAUGGAGAUGUUCACAGCCGGGAGGAACUCCGGCAGCGCCUCAAAUGCAAACCCUUCAAGUGGUACCUGGACAACGUCUAUCCCGAGCUGAGAAUCCCAGACGAUUCUGAUUCCAAGUCAGGGGUGAUCCGGCAGAGGCAGAACUGCCUGGAGUCCCAGAUGGUGGAGGGACAGGACCUGCCGGUGCUGACACUGGGUCCGUGUACUGGGACCAAGGCGGUCCCAGCACUCAACCAGGAGUGGAUCUACACGCACAGCCAGCAGAUCCGACAGAAACAGCACUGCCUCGCUCUCUCCACCACCUUCCCCGCCUCGCAAGUGCUGCUGCUUCCCUGCAACGCCAGUGACGGGAAGCAACGGUGGCAGAAGUCAGGCACGCACAUUGAGCACCUGGCCUCCAGCUUCUGCCUGGACAGCGAGAUGGCACUAGACGGCAUCGAAAGCAGCCGGAUGCUUGUGAUCAGCCCAUGUGAGCUGUCCGCCUACACCCAAAGAUGGGAGGUGCCCUUCUCAUGACAGAGAGCCUGGGCCACACUGACGGCUCACACAGAGACGGCGGGUCCGAGGGGAGCCUCUGAAACCUCUGAGCACAGCUUCUGAAGCCAAGGAGUGGAAGCGGGAGAUGGACACCAAAGAUAGCCAGUGAAGGCAUGGAGAGAAAAUGGCGCUGAAAAAUCUCCGGCACAUCCUGUUCAGAGGUGUAUUAAGGAAGGGGCCCGGGUCUAUGAACCAUCCUUCUUGUUAGCUAAGAGAAGCUUGGUAAUAACUGGUACAUGUUGACACUGGAGAAUGUAUGUUGAUCAUGAUGCCUUCAUUUCCCUCCACUGUUGUUAUUUUCUUUUCCAAAAAAAGGACACGGAGUGAAGGAAGAAUUUUAAUAAACACAGUCUCUAUUCUUACGAUGUCAAAUGUCAUCUGAAGAUGUCAUUACUGCUACUGCAGCUGCUGUUAGUUACAAACCACAGUGCUUAAAGUUUCAAAGUUUGUGUUCCUCAGAGUGUGGAGUUUCUCAUGGUGCCUGACCUCGAAAGCAAAAUAUAACCAACUCGGCUAAGCGUCUGGCACAGCUGUUUGAUAGCCGCCAUCAUUUGCAGAUCAACUUUUUAAAACCAGUCUGUCCUCCUGUGCCAUGUGCAAAGCAGCAUGAACUGUCUUCAUUUUCUGACACGUUAUUGAUUUCGUGGUGACAAUGCUGAAUUUGGGGACUAAUAAGUAAAAUACAAAAAGACUGUUGAUUGUA